GGCCAGGCCCGACUGGGCCCGAGGCGGACGUGAGCGGGGCCGGACCAAGAUGGCGGUGCAGGUGGUGCAGGCGGUGCAGGCGGUUCAUCUCGAGUCGGAUGCUUUCCUGGUUUGUCUCAACCACGCUCUGAGCACAGAGAAGGAGGAGGUGAUGGGGCUGUGCAUAGGGGAGUUGAAUGAUGACACAAGGAGUGACUCCAAAUUUACAUAUACCGGAACUGAAAUGCGCACAGUUCCUGAAAAGGUUGACACCGUCAGAAUUGUUCACAUUCAUUCUGUCAUCAUCUUGCGACGUUCUGAUAAGAGGAAAGAUCGAGUGGAAAUUUCUCCAGAGCAGCUGUCUGCGGCCUCAACAGAGGCAGAGAGGUUGGCUGAAUUAACGGGUCGCCCCAUGAGAGUUGUGGGCUGGUAUCACUCCCAUCCUCAUAUAACUGUUUGGCCUUCGCAUGUUGAUGUUCGCACACAAGCUAUGUACCAGAUGAUGGAUCAAGGCUUUGUAGGACUUAUUUUUUCCUGUUUCAUAGAAGAUAAAAACACAAAGACUGGCCGUGUACUCUACACUUGCUUUCAAUCCAUACAGGCCCAAAAGAGCUCAGAGUCCCCUCACGGUCCACGAGACUUCUGGAGUUCCAACCAACACAACUCCCUUGAGGGCCAGAAGGAAGAUGACAGGUAUGAGAGGAUUGAAAUCCCAAUCCAUAUCGUGCCUCACGUAACCAUCGGGAAAGUGUGCCUUGAAUCAGCAGUCGAGCUGCCCAAGAUCCUGUGCCAAGAGGAGCAGGACGCGUAUCGGAGGAUCCACAGCCUUACACAUCUGGACUCAGUCACCAAAAUCCAUAAUGGCUCAGUGUUCACCAAGAAUCUGUGCAGCCAGAUGUCAGCGGUCAGCGGGCCUCUCCUGCAGUGGCUGGAGGACAGACUGGAGCAAAACCAACAGCAUUUGCAGGAGCUGCAACAAGAAAAGGAAGAGCUCUUGCAAGAACUGUCUUCCCUAGAAUAAAGUCAGAGAACAAUGGGGAAAAAUGAAAUUAUCCAGGUAUAAAAUUAAUUAAGCUAAAUCGAUUUUGAAGAAGUUGGAAGACUCACAUUACCUGACUUGCAGAUUUACUAUAAAGCUACGGUAAUCAAGGCAGUGUGGUAUGUGCCUGACUGAUUUCGACAAACAUGUAAAAGCAAUUCAAUGGAGUAAGGAUAGAUAGUCUUUUCAGCAAACUACGCUGGAGUGAUUGACACCCAUAGGCAAAAAAUGAACUUUGACCUAAGCUGCACACCUUAGACAGAAAUUAAUUCAAAAAAUAUCAUGGAUUUAAAUGAAAUAUGUAAAACUAUAAAUCUUUUAGGGAAAAAACAAUCAGAAAAAUGAUGAGGAUCUUGCACCAGGCAACGAGUUCUUGGCCUCCACCACAAAAGCACAGUCCUAAAGGAAAGAACUGAUAUACUGGACUUCAUCAAAAUGAAACACUUUUGCUCUGUAAAAAAUUUAAGAGGCAGAAAUUGCUGAGGGAAAUUAUUUGCAAAUGAUAUAUCUGAUCAAUCUAGACUAUAUAAAAUCAGCAAUAAACAACCAUCCAAUUAGAAAGUGAGCAAAAGAUAUGACUAGACAUUUCACUAAAGAGGGUAUGUGGAUGGCAGGUAAGCACAUGAAGAGAUCCUGAACGUCAUUAGUCAUCAGGGAAUGCAAAUUCAAACCACAAUGAAUUAUGGUCACAUAUUUAUCAGAAUGGCUGAAGAAGAAAUAGCAGACAUUCCAGAGCCUGUUGAGCCUACAAACUGGGUGUCUCACACCGCGCUUGUGGGAAUGCUAAAUGGUACAGCUUCUCUAGGAAAGAGUUUGGAAAUUUCUAACGAAGUUUGACACACAUGUAUCACACAGCCCAGCAACUGCACUCCUGGACAUUCAUCCCCAAGAAGUGAGACCCUGUGUUGGCACAAAAACUCCUCCCCAACAUCCUCAGCAGCUCUCUUUAUAACGGCUAAAAACUGGAGACAACCCGGCUGUCCUACAACCGCGUGAGUGGUUACGGCAAAGCCCUGUACCACGGCUACUGCCGUGCAGCCAAGAAAAACGGGCGACUGUUGACCUGCACAAUGCGGGUGGACCUCAGGGGUAUUGCGAUGAAUGAACAAGCCAGUCUCCAAAGGUCCCGCACCCUCUGACCGUGUUCUUGAAACAGCAGAAGUGUAGAACUGAGGGACAGACCAGCGUUGGCCCGGGUCAGGGCCUGCCGGAGGCGUGAGAUAGGCGCCACCGCACUGGGAUAAGCUUGUGCUGAUGAAAUAAGUCUGUAUCUUGAUUACGGUGCUGAUUACAGUGUCUGUGCUAAAACGACAUAGACCCACAAAUGAGUGCACAUAGAACCCGGUGAAGGCCAAUCAGGUCUGUAGUUUUGUUAGCAGCCUUGUACCAUCGUCAGGAUGUUCAUUUUGAAGUUGUACCAAUCAUGUAAGAUCUUGCCGCUGGAGGAGACUGGGUGAAGGGCACGUGGGACGCGCUGUACUAUGUUUGCAAUUUCCUGUAAAUCUGUAAUGACUAUGAAAUAAAAAGUUAGAAGUAUUACAUAAGGAA